AUGCCCCGUGAGGACUAUGUGCUACUCCAUAAAGCAAAGAAAAAGAUUGUUGACUUUAUGGAGGACAUUGACAACUUUCUGAUGAACUGUAGACGAAAGGCUCUCUUUUAUCUUUACCAGGCUGCACAUUAUAUCUUCUGCACCCCCCACAUCCCCACACCAGGUCUACACCCUGGCUCAGUGUCUCUCAGUGUAUUCCUGGUGUCUGUUGCGUUCAUAGUAUGUGCCGUUUGGCUGGUAGCUCUAUGUGGCAUCUGCACCUGGUGUCAGCGUAAACUGGGGAAGAGGAAUAAGCCUGGGGUGGAGGCUGCCAGCUCUCCAGAAUCUGUGCGAGGUCGAGGGGAAAAUAAAGCCAUCAACCACAGUGAUCUAGACAGAGAUUUUUGGAAUAACAAUGACAGCAGCAAUGUGCAACAGAGGUGGAGCUCCUACCCACCCAAGGAGUUCCUCUUAAACAUGUCUCCCUAUGCUCCCUACGGAGACCCUCGCCUCACGCCCAAUGAGGGGAAGAUGGUUGUUCUGUCUCUAGCAAUCGGGCUGGCUGAACAGGAUGACUUUGCCAACCUCCCAGACCUACAAGAAGCACCAGCAAGCUACGAAAACGAAACCACACCAGAAAAGAGUCGCAGUAACAAACCAGGCAGUAGCCCCAGAGGUCACACCCCAGAUGAGACCGGACGCCGCCACGAUGCCAACUCAUCUGUCUCCGACUUGGCCAACUCAGUCACCAGUGACAUGCUCAUGUUGUCUCCGGGUUCAGAGGAGGAUGACCACGAGGGUCCAGUGUGUGAGAAGCUGGGUCGCAUUCAGUUCAGUGUGGGAUACAGUUUCCAGGACUCCACCCUCACCGUCAAAAUUCUCAAGGGCCAGGAAUUGCCUGCUAAGGAUUUUUCCGGCACCUCUGAUCCGUUUGUCAAACUUUACCUGCUGCCUGACAAGAAGCACAAAUUGGAGACCAAAGUGAAGAGGAAGAAUCUCAAUCCCCACUGGAAUGAGACCUUCCUGUUUGAAGGGUUCCCCUAUGAAAAGGUGGUCCAGAGGACUCUCUAUCUACAGGUUCUCGAUUAUGACCGCUUCAGCAGGAAUGACCCCAUAGGCGAGGUGUCCAUCCCCCUCAACAAACUGGACCUGGCCAACAUGCAGACUUUUUGGAAGGAGCUCAAACCAUGCAGCGAUGGCAGCGGGAGCCGAGGGGAUCUGCUGGUGUCUCUGUGCUACAACCCCACAGCCAACACCAUCACUGUGAGCAUCAUCAAAGCCCGCAACCUUAAAGCCAUGGACAUCGGAGGCACUUCUGACCCCUACGUAAAGGUGUGGUUGAUGCAUAAGGACAAGCGUGUGGAGAAGAAGAAGACGGUGGUAAUGAAGCGCUGUCUGAACCCUGUUUUCAACGAGUCCUUCCCCUUUGAUGUGCCUGCCCACGUGCUGAGGGAGACCACCAUAAUUAUCACCGUCAUGGACAAGGACAGGCUCAGUCGCAAUGAUGUCAUUGGAAAGAUAUAUCUGUCAUGGAAGAGUGGCCCAGCAGAGGUAAAACAUUGGAAAGACAUGAUGGGUCACCCUCGUGCCGCUGUGGCCCAGUGGCACGCUCUCAAGGCCUGA